AUGGCACCUGAUACUUUCACCAAUCUAGUGAAUACAGUAGAGCAAUAUGCAAAGAAAGGUUCCUGUGAACGUCGCUGGCGAUUAAGUGCUGUUGAGGAUUAUAUUCCCGCCAAUCGCCUUAACGGCUAUCCAUUUGCCACUGCCGACGCUGUUGGGGUGCACCUCGCCUGCAGAAAAGGAAACCUCACCGUAUCGGCCGAUAUCAGUUCGAAUCCCAAAUCUACAUGGCGUGAUUUCCUUCCAAGCAUAAUAUGGAAAAAGUCUAUUCAAAAUCAAAAACAUGAAUUUCAAUUACGUUUAGCAGAUUCACCUGAAGGCAUUACAGGAAAAGAAAAUGAAAAAAAAGCCCCCAUAUUUGCCUAUACCUUACUUCAUCCAUCUUUUACCUUUACCAGUGAAUCCCAAUUAAUGAAUGGCUUUAACUCUACACUUACGGCUACUACUCGGCUUAGCGACAGAGAUCAACUUGGGUUUAGUACAUUAUACGAUCCAAGUCGUAGUGGUGUGAAGGAUUACACUUUUGCCUAUUCCCGUUGUGGCUGUAAUGCCAUGAUGGGUGGGGAUUUCAUGGCCAAGUAUAAUGCUAUACAUGGAUCUGCACUGCAUAUGCGUUUCCCAGUAAAUCGCUUUGCAAGUGCUGUAAUUCUGGCAGAGAAGACACGUUUUAUUAUUGGAGCUGAUUCCCGCUCACCAUGUGGGGCACAAUUGAUGAUGAAUGUUAAUAUUGUGAACACAGAAGCUACACUGAGUGUGGUUCGGAAUCUAAACGAUAUGUGGAAAAUCACCAUGUGUUAUGUCGCAUCUCUGCAAAAAGGUACUAGUGCAACGCCUAAGUUUGGUAUUGUUUUCUCUACUCAUGACAGUGAUUAA